AUGGCGCUAUAUGGAACUUCAGACGCUCUGAUGUGCAGAGCGUUUCCUACGACCCUGAGGGGGCCAGCUCGCACGUGGUACAGCGGCCUGAAGACCGGUGGAAUUGCCUCCUUUGAUCAGCUCGCCAGGGAGUUCGAGCUCAACUUCCUAGCUUUGGCCCGACCGAAGCCAUCCGUCGCCCUGCUCCUUGGACUAAACCAAAAAGAGGACAAACCCCUCUCCCGUUUUGUAAAUCGAUUCGCCACAAAAAUCCGGGGUUUGCCAGAUGCUCAUCCCUCUUUGUUGAUGCAGGCAUUCAUGGCGGGUCUCCGCCCCUCUAGGUUCUUCUGGUCCCUCGUGGAACGGCCCCCCACCGUAGUUUCGGAAAUGCUUCAGCGAGCCAACCAGUAUGUUGCGGCGGAAGCCUGGAUGUCGGGGAGGCGAGAGGAGCAUAAAAGGCCCCGGGCGGAGCCACCACGAGGGCAGUUACCCGGCCCGCCGAGCCGCAGGAUGGACCGGUCCGACCCAUCCGCGCCGAGGUCGCCGCUCCCCGCCUUGGGAACAUCCCGAACACAGAUAUUUCUCCAGAUAAAGGAGAAGGGGCUGCUCCGAACCCCCAACCCGAUGAAGAGCCCACGGGAGCUCGCGGACCAGACGCGAUAUUGUCGUUUCCACCAGCAAAACGAGCAUGACACGGAGGAGUGCCACGAGUUGAAGCAACAGAUCGAGGAGCUGAUUCGAAGAGGCACCUCGACCGCUAUCUACGGUAGGAUAAAGAGCUUUCCCCACGGCCCGAGGGCCCCAUCGAAAGGCAAAUCGACGUGA